CUCAUUUUUCCCAGGCCAUUGAACGCAGCUCACAAUACCAUGUGACUGACGUCAGCUGACCAGCAGGCGGAACUAGAUGACAACAUGGUGGUUUCACUGAGCAGGCUGCCUGUCACAGACUGUCUGAAAUUUUGUCACAGGGUGGUGGAUGGACUGUGUGGGCGGGAGCCUCCUCGCAGGGGGGAUUACAGUGGUACCUGGAGCUUGGAGGAGUGGCUAGAGCUGCUCAACUCCCUCACAGCCCUCUUCCGCCUGGCAGUGGGGAACAACAGCUCUGAUGAAGAGGUGCUGGCAGGGCUGGCAGAUGUGGGCAGCUGCCACGCUGAGGCUGUGCUGAGUGUGCUAAGAGCCAGACGGGAGGAGAUCCACAACGCUCUGCUGGACAGAACCAACUCCAUCUCCUCUGCUACUCUGCAGGACUUUGACUGGCAACUUAAGCUCGCUCUGUCCAGUGAUAAGAUCUCAUCUCUCCACACUCCUCUGCUCAGUCUCAGUCUGGAUGUGAGAGAGAACAGAGCCCUCCGUUCUGUCACCAUGGAGAUGAACAGAGAGGAGUUAAACACCCUCAUCAGUUCACUAGAGGCUGCUAAUAAGGUGGCGCUGCAGUUGAAAUGAUGGAAAAAUUGUGGAUCACCGAUUUAAACUAAAGGAAGCCCAGUGGAUGGAUGACAUGGUGUCGAUUCUCUGCCAUGAUGUUGUUUGUUGGAGACACAAUGACUGUCUGGAAUUUCAAUAGUGUAUAUGAGCAGUUGAACACUCUCACUUUAUGUUUUUGUAAUACACUGUGUUGUAUCAUGAAUGUGUCAAAUAAAUGUCUCUUUGCCUUUUGAUUAUGAGGAAUCUUAUUCAA